AUGCUUAUCUUGGCCCCUUUCAUUCUGUUUCUGGCGACGGCCGCGGCCUUGCAGAGCCCUCAUCGAAAGGCCCCUUCGAUCAAACACCCAGCUAAAUCAUUUCACAAGAGAAGCAAUUCGGUCGCUAAGUCGGGGCACCACUAUUUAAACCACAAUACGCAGAAAUACCUUGUCGAUGGGGCACAUUUCCCUCAAGUCCCAUUCGAUAUUGGCGAGAGUUACGCUGGCCUCUUAUCCAAUGCCCCCCACGGGGAGUCCAGCCUGUUCUUCUGGUUCUUCCCAUCUACCAAUCCAAAAGCAGAUAAAGAGAUAACGAUCUGGCUUAACGGAGGCCCCGGUUGCAGUUCUUUGGAUGGGUUGCUUCAAGAGAACGGGCCGUUCCUUUGGCAGUCUGGGACAUAUGCGCCCGUCCGAAACCCCUUCUCAUGGUCCAAUUUGACCAACAUCGUCUACAUCGACCAACCAGCCGGUACUGGACUAUCACCGGGGCCGGCUACCGUUCAGAACGAGAUCGAUGUCUCAAACCAAUUUAAUGGUUUCUGGAAGAGAUUCAUCCAAACAUUUAGUAUGCAGGGAUACAAGAUUUACAUCACUGGCGAAAGCUAUGCUGGGCAAUAUAUUCCGUAUUUAGCCUCUGGGAUGCUGGAUCAAAACGAUACGACUCAUUUCAACCUCAAAGGCAUACAAAUCAAUGAUCCAUCCAUCAACGAGGACAAUGUCAUGAUAUAUGCCCCUGCGGUCCCUGCUCUGAAUUACUUCUCCACGGUCUUUUCCCUCAAUGACACAUUCAUGACUGAAAUCAACAAGCGUGCAGAUGAGUGUGGCUACAACCAGUUUCUCGACAAGGCUCUGACCUUUCCCCCGCCUAAACAUUUCCCAACCGCGCCAGAUCCCAGUCGACGUGGUUGCGACGUUUGGGACCAGAUCAUCAAGGCAGCUACCUACAUUAACCCAUGCUUCAACAUAUAUCAUCUCACAGACUUCUGCCCGUUUUUGUGGGAUGAAAUGGGCUUCCCGUCGCUAGCUGGCGGACCAAAUAACUAUUUCAACCAAUCCGCUGUACAAAAGGCCUUACACAUUUCACCUACCAACUACGCUGUCUGUGGUGGAAACAUUUUCCCCAACGGUGAUGGAUCAGCACCCAGUGCUCUCGGACCACUUCCUAGUGUGAUUGAGCGCACUAAUAAUGUCCUCAUUGGACAUGGUUGGUAUGAUUACCUCCUAUUCAUGAAUGGAACCUUGGCAACCAUCCAGAACAUGACAUGGAAUGGGCUCCAGGGCUUCCAGAAGCCCCCGGUUGAGCCAUUGCUAGUGCCAUAUACAGAUUCCCUGAACGCGAUCGCAAAUGGCAAUGGGCAGGUCCCUUUUACUGCUGAUGCGGGGGCUGGAAUUCUGGGGACGGCUCAUACUGAACGUGGCUUGACAUUUAGUACUGUAUAUGGAUCUGGACACGAGAUCCCACAGUAUACCCCCGGUGCCGCCUACAGGCAGCUCGAGUUCUUACUUGGUCGGAUUAAAAGCCUCCAGGACACGGGUCCCUUCACAACUCAUUAGGAAAUUUGCGUUGGUUGGCCCAUGCAGUAGCUGGAUACUGGUGAGAGUGUUGUCAAUAUGCUGCGAAGAGCGAACUCCAG